UUCCUGAACUUUGAACAAAACAAUGUAACAGAAGAACAUAUUUUUUUCUUCUAUAAAGCAGAAGAACAGAUUUGGAAAUUUGAUUAUAGUAAAAAGAUUAGCGUUACCUGAAAACAUAGUAAGAAAAAUGUUUAUGGAAAUUAAUGAUUAGAAAUAGGAAUGACAAUGGGCAGGUCCGGGGUGGGUAUCUCGAUACCCAUUUUCGCCCAGUGGCAAGUCGGGUACUGGUCGGGUAAUUUAUCAUGCGGCGCGGGCGGGGCAGGUCGACCCAUUGGAUAUAUAAUUUAUGCGAAAAACAUUAGAAUUAUUCGUUAUUUUAAUUAAAAGACCAAGAAAGAAACCAUAAUUUGAUAAAAUGUAGUUAAAUUAUUGGAGAAAUUAAGUUUUUCACUUAUUUACAACUUUAUUAUACAUAAAAUAUGAUGUAAUAAGAGGAAAAUCCUAAGUAAUCUGACUAAGAUUACAUGUAACUUAGGCCAGAUGAGUCGAGAAUGAGGCGGAUCAGGGCAGAUCGAGUCGAUGAGAGAUACCCAUUCCCCUCCCGCCUACGAGACGGGUCGGAUCCACUCAAAACAGUUCAAACAGAUCGGGUAACUCGAAUUAGGUUGAAAUUGUCAUCUCUAAUUAAAAAAGACAAUUUACCUACCACCCAAAGUAAACCAAAAAGCCAAAAACAAAGGAGAGUCAACAGUCUCCACUUUUGACGAACCAGGCGGAGCACUUCUUUCCGAGAAGGGACUUCUCAGCUACCCACCAAAACUUUCCCCUUCCAAAUUUGACCAAUCAUCCCUCUCCCUCUCCCCCUCAGUCGCCGUCGCCGGAUUCCGCCGACAACGAUGUCGUCGUCGGCAACAGAAGAAUCCUAUCAUCACAAGAACAGCAACAACAUAGUGAUGUUCCCUUUCAUGGCGCAGGGCCACAUAAUCCCGUUCCUAGCUCUCGCCCACCACAUCGAACGAACCCAAAACCACUCCCGAAUCACCUUCGUCAACACCAAACUCAACAUCCAAAAGCUCCGAUCUUCCCUCCCGCCCGAUUCCACAAUCCACCUGCUCGAAAUCCCCUUCGAAAGUUCCGAUCACGGCCUCCCCCCGGCGACCGAGAACACCGACGUCCUCCCUUACCCUCUCAUCGUCCGCCUCCUCGACGCCUCGACUUCCCUCCGCCCCGCUUUCAAGACCCUUGUACACGAUCUCAUCGCCGGAGGGGAUCGCCCCCUUUGUAUAAUCUCCGACAUCUUUUUCGGAUGGACGGCUACGGUGGCCAAGGAGCUUGGGGUUUUCCACGCCGUGUUCAGCGGCGCAGGCGGGUACGGGCUGGCCUGCUACUACUCGAUCUGGACAUCGCUUCCUCCCCGGCAAUCGGAGGAGUUCGCGCUCGAGGAUUUCGAAGGGAUUCGGAUUCAAAAGACCCAGCUGCCGCUGAGUAUUCUGGAGGCGGAUGGGUCGGAUUCCUGGUCUCUGUUUCAGAACAAGAAUCUGCCGGCGUGGGUUGAUUCGAGCGGGAUCCUGUUCAACACGGUGGAGGAAUUCGAUUGGAUUGGAUUGUCUUACUUCAAGAAGAAGCUAGGGAUUCCAGCUUGGGCAAUCGGGCCUGUACUUCUCUCUUCCGAGAGCAGAGACCGCGCGGGGAAAAGUUCCGAGUCAGGCGUUUCGUCGAACAGCUGCAAGGCAUGGCUGGAUGGAAAGCCAGAGAGGUCCGUUCUCUACGUGUCGUUCGGAUCCCACAACACGAUCAGCCCGGCCCAGAUGAUGGAACUCGGGAAAGCGUUGGAAUCCAGCGGGAGGAACUUCAUCUGGGCGGUGAGGCCGCCGAUCGGGUUCGACAUAAACUCCGAUUUCAGAUCCGAAGAAUGGCUGCCGGAAGGGUUCGAGGAGAAGACUUCGGGGAGAGGGCUGCUGGUCAAGAAAUGGGCUCCCCAAGUGGAGAUCCUUUCCCACAGAGCCACCGGCGGGUUCUUGACUCACUGCGGGUGGAACUCGGUGCUCGAAUCGCUGAGCUUCGGCGUGCCGAUGAUCGGUUGGGCGAUGGCGGGAGAGCAGUUCUUCAAUGUGAAGUUCUUGGAGGAGGAAUUGGGGGUCUGCGUGGAAGCCGCGCGAGGGAAGACUUGCGAGGUGAGCUCUGAAGCGAUUAGGGAGAAGAUCGAGAUGGUGAUGAAUGGGGAGGGAGAGAAAGGGAUUGAGAUUCGGAGGAAAGCUUCGGAGGUGAAGGAGAUGAUGAGGAAGGCUAUGUGUGAUAGUGAAGCCGGCGGGAAAGGUUCUUCCUUAAAAUCGUUGGAUGAGUUCUUUAUGGCGGCAAAGAAAUCAAUGACAGCGACGGCGGAACGGUCGUCCGACGAGCCUGUUGUGGGUUAGAUCGGAGAAUUUCUUUCUCCGAUUACAGUUAAUGAUAUGUUUUUAUAAGUAAGACUAAGUUAAUGGUGUACUUGAUUAGUUUCAAUAAAACACAGAUUUAUAUCUUUGUAAUCAAUUUCAACUCGAUCGUAUGGAGUAAGUGUGCCUAAGCACUCGCCGAAUCAAGAACAUUGGGUUGCUAGUAUUAUAUUAGACGAGAUAGGCACUAGGCAGAGUCAUAAUGCCUCUUUACGCUUGAUACUUUUUUAACCUUCACCAAUAUUAUUAAGAAAUCUUGGGUUAAGUAUGGAGAAAUCCUAGGUUAUUGAUAAGGAGAAUUGUUAUUUGUUUCCUAGAUUAGGAAGUUAAUUAGGUGUUCAUAAGUUCAUUUGCAAUGGUGAUUCUACAACUGCUAAGUGGCCAAUUAUGAGUUUUCUUUCUCAAUACCUAAAACCACGAAAAAAAUUCGGAUUGUUGCUUACAUUUCGGGGUCGUUUGGAAGUUGCGAUUGUUAAAUAGAUGUAUUGUUGAGAAUGCAUGUAUAAUAUUAUACAUGUAUUGUCGAAUUUGAUGCAUUGUAGAAUACAACGUUUGGUAUGUGUGAUUGUGUAUGUCGCAUCAUCGAAAAGCUGAGACAAAACAAUCUCAACUCAACUAUCUCAACAAUCACAACUAAAAGUUGAGAUAUAACAAUCACUCAAAAUGAGUGAUAGUUUCUGUCACAUCACAGAAACAAUCCAUGUAUUGUUUCUGCUAGAAAAACAAAAAACUAUGCAUUGUAAACAAUACAUGCAUAAUGACAAU